UGUGUGUGUGUGUAUGUUUCAGAGAUUAUAGACCUGUGUGAUGAACGAGGAGUGCUGAAAUUCCUCUUCCUGCCCCAGAAUUCACAGCAAUCUGCUCGUGGACUGCUAAAGGCUAAAGAGUCAUUCAUUGUUUGCAUUAUUAAGCGUAGAUCUGAUGGGGCUUAUAAUUCUGUCACAUCACUGUUAUCCGGUGUUGACCCUGCUGUAAUAGAGACCCUGCAGACUCAGAUUGAUAAUCUUGAGAAAACUCGUCUGAAGCAGCUUCAUAUUGUGGAGACUCGUAUGACUUCAUCAGAGGAAAUCAAUGCUCUGACUCUGUCCACUAAAACUACUAAAAAGCGCAAGAAAGUUACACAUGCAAAUGCCCCUGAUGAAGAAGUCCAGCGCCACACAGGGGACAGGAAGAGCAGGAAUUGA